AUGUGGAUCCUUCCUCUUGUCGGCUACUUAGGGGUCAUUGUAGGAUUUACUUUCCUAACACUAGCUAUAGCAUCGGGGCUAUACUAUCUAUCAGAGCUUGUGGAAGAACAUACAGUCUUCGCACGUCGGGUGUUAACUCGAUUGAUAUACAGUAUCAUCUUCAUCCACAUUUUUCUCUUCCUCUUCGAUGGAUUUCCCUUCUUCCUCUCUAUCUUCAGUAUCGGCUCACACAUCGUGUACGCGAGCAAUUUACGACGUUUCCCAAUCGUCAAAUUGUCUGAUCCAUUAUUUAUCUUAUCGUGUGUGCUUGUCGGCUUGAAUCACUGGCUCUGGUUCCGCCAUUUUUCGAAGCCGCUACCCUCAUCACGGGUGGGCACCAACUGGCGUCAGCCGUACGAAGUUGAUAUCGAAGAUAUGCCAACUUUCACCGAGGUGGCUUCUUACUUUGGACUCUGCGUGUGGCUUGUUCCAUUUGCCCUUUUUGUUAGUCUCAGUGCAGGGGAAAAUGUCUUGCCAAGUAUGGGAUCUGAGUACGCGACAGGCGGGCAUGUUCCUGCCGUAGGACGUACUCGCAGUGCUUUGUCAUCAGAUGGGAAAAUGAAGAAUAAGGGGAUGGCGAAAGCCGUAGUAGACGGCGUCAGGGAUUGGAUUAGCGAAAACGGCGAAUUGAUGGGCUUCUGGAGGGGUGAACGGACAAGAAGAUUUUAA